GGUCGUCCCAUGCACCAUAACCGUUUGCUCCACCACUAGUCUUUCUCUCCUCUCGUCGCCAAGCGAAGCGAGACAGUCUCGUGCGCCUCCGGCUUUCCUCUCCGACGGCGACGCGCCGACGUACGACGCCGUGGACGAGCAGCAGCGCUGUGGAUCGACGAGCGGCGAUGGCGAAGGCGCGGAAGCAGCAGCCGCAGGGCCCGUUCGCCGGCGGGGCCGCCGCCGGGGAGAGGUCGUUCCUCGGGUUCCAGUACCACCACCACCACCGCGGCGGCUCCGUGGCGCCGGCCUACGGCGACGACGACGACCUCCCCGAUUUGGCGGAGGCUGAUGUCUGGUACGCGCCGUCGUCGGAGGGGGGCGCGGAUCAUCGAGGCGGCGGCGGCGGCGGAGGGGGAGGGGGAGGGCUGGAAAUCGGCGGCGGCGGCUGGGGCGGAGGGAAGCACAAGGUGGGCGGGCUGAGCCGGGCGUUCGCGGACGGGCGGCAGGUGGCGGCGUCGGCGCCGGUGCAGGUGCCCGCGUGGCCCGGCCGCUACGCCGACCCCGACCAGGCGGCGUUCGCGGAGGAGGAGAAGCGCCGCGAGGAGGAGGACGACGCCGGCGACGGCGACGGCGACGGGUGGGUGCCGCCGCACGUGUACCUGGCGCGGCGGCAGGCGAGGUCGUCGGUGGUGGAGGGCGUCGGACGAACACUCAAGGGGCGCGACGCCUCCCGCGUCCGCGACGCCGUCUGGAGCCGAACCGGCUUCGACGGCUGAGCCAGAUUAAACCGGGGAGACAAGCCAAUUAGGAUUUAAUUUCUUCUCUUCUUCGAUUUUUCCCCCUCUCCUAAUUUUCUUCCUCUUAAAUUUUUGUGAAAAAAUUUUGUAAUAUGGUUUAAAUUUUGCUCUCUCGUUUUAUCUUCUCAUCAAGUUAAUGAGAAAAGAGGAAAAGCGUGUGGUAUGUAGCAUAGUGCAUUGGUUGAAUAAUCUUCUUCUUUCUCUCUUUCUUGUUGAUUGGGUGGUGGUUGGGCAGCUUCAACCAAAGAUGGUUGGAAUCUGAUUAUUAUUCUUUUGUUAAUUACUCUACUAUAAUAUGUAUGGACUAAAAAUAAUUGAGGAACAGGCCAUCGAUCUUAUGGCAAGAAUAAACAACUCGGAUGUACUUCAGCUUA